AUGCUAACCACACUUUUUGUCCUCUUGUUGGCUGUUUGUGUUGUUUUGGUGAGUUUUUCUCGGGGGGCUUUUGGACUAUUAAAAAAUCUUCAAAGUUAGGCUAAUAUGGGCUCAGGUUGAUAUUUUUAGUCUUAGGCCUAUCAAUAGAUUUAGCUUCUAGGCUAUUGAAUUUUAGACCUUGAUGGAGUUAAGAUUGAAUUAACCUAGGCUUGUGAGUGAAGCCUAUCGUCGUAGGCCCAAUUCUUCAAACCGGGCUUGGUCAGAAAUUUCAAGCUUAUUAAGUUUAUGGGGAAUUUGAGGGUUACCCUAAGCUUAUGAAUUUUUAAGGCUGAAUAGAUGAAAAUCAGGCCUUAGUUAAAUCCAACUUGUUAGGUUUGUCUUAAACUCAAACUGAGCGAGAAGUGACCUUGAGCUGAACUAUAAUUCAGGCCAGGUCAAAAGAUUUUUAGGCUUAACGGGGAUCUAGGAUUGCUAGAAUUAGGGAAUAUUCCUGAAUUCAAACUAGGCUUAGACUUAGCUCAAAAAUCAAGGCCAAUUGUUACACCCACGUUUUUAUUUGGUACUGAAAAAUUUGAAAAAUAUUCUAUUUUCGAAAUAGAAAGAUCAAGUCUCAAAUUUCCAUAAAUUUUCCCUUCGAAAAAAUGUCAACGUAGAGCAAUUAAAAUUUUAUGAUGGGUAAUUGGUAGUCUACAUUUUUGAAAAAUAAUUGAAUUUUUGUGAAAAGCAUAGGCUUACUCAACUCCUCCCCCCAAAAAUUCCCAUUUUUUUGCAGUCCACCAGUUUGGUGUCGGACAUUUCCCAUCAAUUUCUACAUGCACCAAUCGAGCAACAAGGCAUUUAUGAGCCAUCUUAUUAUAAUGGAAAUGGCGGAUUACGUGGAAAUGGUGUGCAAUUUGCACCACUUUAUGGAAUGACAAAUUCGCAUUUGUUGAGUUUGACCGAUUUGUUGAGGAAAAGAACACUUGAUUAUUGA